UCAACUUUUUUUCAUCACAUUUAACCCCUCACCACUAAAAAAUUAAACAAUUCAUCUCCUUUCUUCUCUACAAUGUUCAUGAAAAAAUGGCAGUUUCUCCAACAACAGAGAGCAUCUGCCGAAAAAUCCACGAUUCUCGCGACGACGAGAAACUGAUAACUCAAACCCUAGUUAACCUAACCCAACCAGAGUGCAGGCAAGUUAGGGAAGCAUACAAGAAAACCUACGGGGAGGACUUAAUUCAACUCCUCUCCAAUAAAUUCGACCAACCACCGCCCUCCACGUGUCUGAUGCUCGACCCGUUCGAGCGCGACGCAGCCGCAGCGAGAAAAGCCCUAGGCCAAAACGACGCCGUCGCAGUCGACUACAAAGCCCUAAUCGAAAUACUCGCGUGCCGCAAAUCGAGCCACGUUCUCCUGAUCCUACAAGCCUACCGCGCCAAAUACGGGAUCCGUUUAGAAACCAGCAUCGCCGCCGUCGAGCCGCCGCACCCGUACCAGAAGAUCCUGACGGCGCUGACGGCGGCGCACAAGGCGCACGGUGCUGACGUCAGCGCGCACAUCGCGAAAUGCGAUGCGAGGAGGCUGUACGAAACGGGGAUUGCCAGUGCCACCGCCAUUGAUGAAGGCGUUGUUGUUGAGAUUUUCAGUAAGAGAAGCAUUGCGCAGCUGAAGCUUACGUUUUUAAGCUACAACCGUAUCUACGGCCAAAGUUACACCAGUUUUCUGAAGAAUGGAGGGUUUGGAGAAUUUGAGGAGGCGGUGAGUGUUGUUGCAAAAUGCAUAUGCAGCCCACCAAGAUUUUAUGCUAAGGUUCUCUACGGAUGCUUAAAGGGUACGACAAUCGACGAGGGCGCUAUGGUCCGCGUUAUGGUGAGUCGGGCGGAGGUGGACAUGAACGAGAUACAAAAGGAAUUCAAGAAAAAAUAUGGCAUUGAAUUGAAAAAUAUGAUAUGUGAGAUUCUUCCACAUGGGAAUCUUAGAGAUUUUCUUGUUGCAUUAGCCAACAAAACCUUAAUUAAUAGCUAAUUGCUAUCUUAAUUCUUAAUUAAAAAUGGUGGCCCAUAUUUUGUAUAGAUAGAUAGUGAUUAACUAGCCUUGCUAAGUUUAUGUAAGAGUACCUAUGUAUUUAACUUUUGGUCCUCCUAAAAGAAGAGUAAGAAACAUUUGUAGGAGGUUAAUUAGGAGCUAAAGUAAGGUUGUAAUAGACUACUAAUAAUUAUUAAAAUUUAUUAGUAUUUUUACUCCAAAAAAUACAAAUUAUUUGUUGUUUUGUUAAUAG